AUGGGAACUUUUAUGUCUCGUCGUCACUUCAACCUACGAGUUCUUCGCCUUGCAUUUGGCUCUGAACUAACCUUAUUAGGAGUGGCGAAUCUGGUUGGCUCUUUGCCGGGCCUACAGGAGCUACGACUCAUUGGCUGUUCGCGAAUUGAUGAUGCAGCCGUCGAUCUCAUUUGUGAACACAUGCGCUAUCUACAGGUGUUGGAAAUUUCCGCCAAUCCAAUCAUUACAGACGUCGCCCUCGCGACUAUUGGUGAAUCUCUAGAACAGCUGGAGCAACUUUCAUUGGAUAGGUAA